AUGGCCAAAACGACAUCAUCACGACCCCUCAUCGUCGGCCCCGACUCCGGCCCUGAGCCCCCGUACCCCCUCAAGAUGGAGGGCAAGGUGAUCUCGGGCUUCGGCCGCGGGUCCAAGGAACUGGGCAUCCCAACCGCCAACCUCCCCGUCGACGCCGCCGCGACCCCCUGGAUCGACGAGGCCAAGUCGGGCGUCUACUUCGGCUGGGCCUCCCUCGCCCUGCCCGCCUCGCACCCGGACCGGGUCGCCUCGGGCCACGGCCCCGCCCAGCCCUCCCUCGAGUUCCAGCUGUACCCGAUGGUCAUGUCCAUCGGCUACAACCCCUUCUACAAGAACACGGUGCGCUCCGCCGAGGUGCACGUCCUGCACAAGUUCAGCGCCGACUUCUACGACUCCCACAUGCGCCUGCUCAUCCUCGGCUUCGUCCGCGACGAGCUCGACUACACCACCCUCGAGGCGCUCAUCGAGGACAUCAACAUCGACUGCGACGUCGCGCGCAACUCGCUCGACCGGCCGGCCUGGGCGCCGCCCGCGACGCUGCGGCCCGGCGCCGACAAGGCCGGGACGCUGGAUGCGGAGUGGCUGGUGCGGCCUCUGGCGGAGAGCUAG